ACUAAUAUAACCAAUAUACACAAUUAUGAUAUAGCCACCGCUUUUAGCCUAUGCGGUAGCGGCGAAACGCUGCGUGCUUUUGCGGGUUUUGUAUUAUAUUACGUUUUUUUCUUUCUUGAAAAGUCACACUGGGUGACGUGCGUGUGCGCGCGUGCGCCUAUGAGUCUUUAUUUUUUAUUUGAUGUUUUGUGGAAGGGAUUGUUCCGGGGUCUCGCCGUUUGAGGGAGGAACGGGUUUGAGGAAGCUAUGAAUUUUGAAUUUGAGAGGGAGAUCGGGUUUAUAAACAGCCAGCCGUCCCUAGCAGAGUGCCUGACGUCCUUUCCUGCCGUCUUGGAGUCAUUUCAAACUUCAUCAAUCAAGGAGUCGACAGUAAUUCCGCCUCCCUUCGAGCACACCAUUCCCAGCCUCAGCCCCUGCACAGCCAACCAGCCGAAACCGGCUUCUGGGAGCCAGCAAGACCGGAGAACCUCUGCCACUAAUGGCCACCAGACGCACCAGCCCUGCCCGCCCGGCCAGGCCCCUUCUCCGGUCACGCCGGUCGGUCCUCUGGCACCCGAGUUCCCCUGGAUGAAAGAGAAGAAGUCAUUCAAAAAGAGCCCGAAGCCUGGGGGCAGCUCUGGUGCUGGUGGAUCCAUCAUCACUCCGGCAUCAUCCUACCCCUCACCGACCGCCUCUGGGUACCCCUCGACGGCCAUCGAAUCACCCACAGACUCGGCGGCUCUGGACUCUGGAGGAACCGGCUCCCGCCGGCUGCGCACCGCCUACACCAACACGCAGUUGCUGGAGCUGGAGAAGGAGUUCCACUUCAACAAGUACCUGUGUCGGCCCAGGAGAGUGGAGAUCGCAGCUCUGCUGGACCUGACGGAACGACAGGUCAAAGUCUGGUUCCAGAACCGGAGGAUGAAACACAAGCGUCAGACCACGCACCACCGGGACGACAGCCCGUCUUCCAGCGGCUUUGAGCCCCUUGAAGGAGCCGACGCGUGCUCUCCCUAUUCCAGCCAGCCGCUGGAAGCAUCUGGCACCGGGGAGACCGCGGAGAGUGAGCAGCGGGGCGGUGCCGCUGACUGCGGGGACAGCGCACAGCCCAAGCCAGAGGAGACGGACCUUGUGAGUCUCCCUGAACGCCCACUGCUGCUAGGGACAUCUGGCUCCGACGACGCUGCUGCGCCUUCAGGCUCCCCACCGUUCACACCGACACACUCCACGGAGAGCGGCGCUCUGACGCGCCGCAGCGAGGCUGGGCCUGCUGCAGCGUCGGGCCCGUUCUCCGAGUCGCGGGACUCCUCUGAUCCUCACGGGUCCUCCUCUGCGCUGCCCGACCUCACGCUAUUUGGAGAUGACGCCUGCCUGUCCCCGAGCCUGCAGAGCUCCCUCGACAGCCCCGUGGAUUUCUCCGAGGAGGACUUCGACCUCUUCACAAGCACACUGUGCACUAUAGACCUGCAGCACCUGAACUUCUGAGGACUCGGCUGAUCAUGUCUGUCUCGGAAACAUUCCUGGAGGAUUUAUGAAUGAAAACAAAAUUUAGACUCAAAGUUUCUCCACGAUAGACUGCUCUGAAGAUAGAUGACACACGCAGAUAGGAAUACUCCUUUAGUUUUUUAGUUUUUUAACCUCCUGCCGAAACGUUGCGGAUAUUUUUCUUUUUCCUUUCUGCCACAUCCAAACAGGAAAUAGUGCACAUUUCUGGUAUAAAUGGAAUUUGAAGUUUAUACUUAUAAAUGUUGGAACGUCGUUUAGAGCGAGCGGGACUGCUUGUUCUUGUCUGUUAGCGCAGCUCCACGAUCUUAAACCUUCUCAGGAACUGGUCACAGAGUGUCGGUGCGGACGGCUCAGGGGAAACCCUCCCGGAGCUGCCGUGUCCUCUCAGAGCCCGGAUGGACAACACACCCGCUCUAGACCCGAGUUUAUUUAUUCAGAUUCUUUAUUAGUGAAAUUAAAUUAUUUAUUGUACACAUAUUUUCAUAGUGGGAUGAUAAUAAUAAUAAUAAAAAACGAACAAACAUUUAAAA